AGAUUUCAAGAAAUAUGCUGGUAUUCCUACGGAGCUGCAUUGUGGUCUUUUUCGCCACAAAAUGUUUCGCCGGACCGAUGUCGACAGAAGACUUAAAAGAUUUUGAUAAAAACGUGAGAAUAAGGCUUGCUGUGUUGGUGGCAAAAAACUUGGAAACCCUCACCCAGCAAAUUACGUCAGCUAACGAUGGCUGCUUACUGAAAAUAAACACAACCAUUGAUAGCUGUGCUUCUUGUCCUGCUGGUUCUGCUUCACAGUCAAAAAUUGACGAGGUGGUCAAGGCCAUUAGCUAUCCGAUCGUGGAGGGAGAGAAGCUGGUCACUAAGAUUACCGACUCCCUCUCUAAUGUCAACGUGCGAGAGUUCCUUGGAGACAAGCUGAGCCCAGUGCUCAACACCCUGAAAGGAACAUUAGGAGUCUUAAUCAACAGUAAUGAAAUCCAGAACAUUGGAAAGUUUUUCUCAAACUUUGAGAGCACUUUCAAUAAUUUGAAGAAUUCCCUUUCAAGCAUUCCGUCCAGCCUUGGAAAAACAUUUGAGACUCUUGUAGGUGAUAUUGGUGGCAAACUCAGUAAGCUAAAGUUUUGGAGAAAGAGACGAUCCGCAUGCGCCGAGUGCGAGAAACUCAGCUCCAAAGACCCCAACACGGUCAUUACAAACGUUUGUGGCGCAAAUGUGGCCAAACAGUUGACUGACCUGACAAAGAGUCUGGAGAAUCUACAGGAACUGUAUGAAGACUCGGUCAACGGAACCGUGGUCACUGAGCUUGUCAUCGGAGAUCCCCAGAUGACGUACUCACCCUCUUUUAAGGUGGUCGCUGACCUACAAAGCAUGACAUACAACAUUGGAGCCACAAAGAAGACUCUGCAGGGAUUUGCUGGGGAGAUCAUUAACUUCACUGAUAAACCGACUUCUUAUGACUUCCUGGCAGAUAAAAUCUACCAAGAUUUCGUUUAAAAUCUGUCAAUCAAUAUGCACUUUUCCCCUUUUGCGUAGUUUUAAUAAGCGUGUGUUGUUAUUCUUGUUUUUUAUGUGUGGAGAGGGGGGGGGGGGAGGGGG